AUGGGGUUGAUUCAACAGGCCAUGAAGGAUAGUGACUUCCCCAGGCAGCAGAGGUUGGCUGAAGGCGAAGAACCCAGACGCCAUCCACGCACCUCUUUGUCAGGCUGGGUGCUUACCAGCUGCGGACAUAGAAAACUAAGACUUCAUACCAGGUUGGUGUGGUUCACAAACCAACAGAAAAGGGUUUACCACGGUUUACAAGAUUUAUAUAACCUGAAAAUAAAUGCUUUGUUUGCUUUCGCAGUUCAUCCCGAAUGCAGCUGCCAAUCAGUAAGGAGGACAAACCAGGUAAUGCUAAAGUUUCAGUUUGUCUUGAAGUUGAAUGA